CGCGAGCGACAGGCGGCCGGCCUCAGAACCCCUCCGGCGGCGGCGGUGCCGGACGCGGAGGAGGUGGGAAAGCGCCCCGACGACGCGGACGUGAUGGUAGCUUACGUCAAGAGGAUAGACGAGGCCGUGGGUGAGAAGGCGCAAAGGAGGGCGGUGAAGGAGAUUGCCGCUUACCUCAUCCGGACGGAGAAGGCGCAUGGUGGGGUGCCUUUUGCCGUCAGGAUCCAGGAGGCGAAUGAUCGGAUCGCCGGCGAGAAGGUGGCGGUGGAGGAGGAGGAGGCCCACCAAACUGAAUGGUCUGAGGAGGAGGCGGACGAAGCCGAGUGGUCCGAUGAGGAGGUGGACGGGGCCGAGUGGUCGGAGGAGCAGGCGGAGGACGAGGCGGAGGACGAGGCCGACCAAGCCGAGUGGGCGGAGGAGGCGUUUGAUCAAAGUCGCGCCGAUGCGGAGGACCUGGCCGCUUACAUUAAGGACAUGCAGAAAACGGAGGAGCUGGACCCUCACCACAAGCGGGCGGCGGAUGGCCGGCUCGGCGUCGUCGGCGACGAUGCCGGCAAGAACCCCCUGCGCACCCAGUCGCGCGAGGAGGUGGUUUGCGAGGGCAUGGUCAACGUGUGGCGGGUAUGCCGGAACUUGGCGAAAGAGCACUCCCCGGAGAGGUGGGCCUUUUUCGACGAGGAUGCCGAGAGGAUCCGGGAGAGGCUAGACGACAACCUCGAGUUGGCCCGCAGGCACCGCAAGAGGCACGGGCCCGGGUCGUGGUCUCUGACGCGCGACAACGACAACCUAGAGGGAAUCCCCCAGGCGGACUACUCGUCCACCGAACAAGUCGGCGGGAGCGUCAGCGACGACGGGCCCGUCCCCGCGAUCCCCUCCAUCGUAGUCGGGUGGGACGACAUACCCCGCCCGUCGAGGGGCGGUCCGUCCCCGCCCAUCAGGGAGGAGAUGGCCGACGGCGAGGCCGAGGAGGAGGAGGAGGAUGAGGAGGAGGUCCCCCGGGGGAGGCACCUCCGCCCGGGGGCCAUCGCGCAGGCUCCCCACGCGCCGCAGUACUACAUCGGCACGCAUGUCCCCAGCGCCAAGUACCAGCUCGCGCGUUUCGAGGAGGCCGAGGACGGGACCCGCCGCCUCGUGCGGUGGGCACCGCCCCCCGGCCACUACCUCGACGAUCUGAACCGGGCAAACGCAGCGCGCACCCUUUGGAACCCGGGGCACGCGGCGGGCCGAGAUGUCGGGGGAGGUGUAGGGGAGGGCCAAGGGCGCGGCCGCAGGUCCAAGCGCAGCCCCGCGCCCUCGCCGCCAGAUUUGCUCAAGGCGCGCCCCAGGAAGCGCCAGCGGAAGUAGACGCUCUUCGUGUCCAACGCAAAGGGGGAGGGA